GCAGUGAGGGCGGAGCGUGAGCCGCAUGAAGCGCUUCUGUCAUAAGACUCAGUCACAUGAUAAUCUUGAUCUCUGCCUGUUUCUCCGCCUGAGACUUUAUUCAUCUGCUGUUGUUGAAGAUGUCGGAGGACCGAGAGCCUCCACCGGUGACCGACCAUCAAAACGCGGAGCUGGAGGACUCUGAGGCCGCGGAGGAGCUGUUCGUCAGCGGGAUGGAGUCUCCAGAAGGUCUCCAUGUUCCCUCAGAAGUGGCCAGCGGUGGAUCGAACGGCCCCAAAGCAGAGCAGAUCCUGCUGGACGACGACACCGAGGACCUGUUCGCCGAAGCCACAGAAGAAGUUUCUCUGGACAGUCCAGAGCGUCAGCCGAUCCUCUCUGACGGCCCAUCGCCUGCCAUCACACCCGUCACACCUGUCAGUAUUGGGAGCAGAGUAGAGCUGGGGGCCUUCGACCGCUCACCUGAGGAGGAUGAAGAUGAGCAGGAGAGCAGAGACACACUCGACAUCCAGAUCUCCGUCUCAGACCCGGAGAAAGUGGGUGACGGCAUGAACGCAUACAUGGUGUAUAAAGUGACUACAAAGUCGUGUCUGUCGGUGUUCAGCAGAUCAGAGGUGUGUGUGAGGAGGCGGUUCAGUGAUUUUCUGGGUCUGCACAGUAAACUGGCCUCCAAAUAUCUGCACGUCGGCCUCAUCGUGCCUCCUGCACCGGAGAAGAGCAUUGUGGGAAUGACGAAGGUGAAAGUGGGUAAAGAGGACCUGUCGUCUGUGGAGUUUGUGGAGAAGAGAAGAUCAGCUCUGGAGAGGUAUCUGAUGAGGACGGUCAAACACCCAGCGCUGCUCAAAGAUCCAGACGUCCUGCAGUUCCUGGAGAGCUCAGAGCUGCCGCGAGCGGUUAGCACUCAGGCGCUGAGCGGAGCCGGAAUAUUGAGGAUGGUAAACAAAGCAGCCGACGCCGUCAACAAGAUGACCAUCAAGAUGAAUGAAGCGGAUGCGUGGUUUGAGGAGAAGCAGCAGCAGUUUGAGAAUCUGGAUCUUCAGCUCAGGAAGCUUCAUGCUAGUGUGGAGUCGCUGGUGUGUCACAGGAAGGAGCUGUCAGUGAACACGGCUCUGUUUGCGAAGAGUGCUGCAAUGCUGGGGAACUCGGAGGACCACACGGCUUUGUCCCGGGCCCUCUCUCAGCUGGCCGAGGUGGAGGAGAAGAUGGAUCAGAUGCACCAGGAUCAGGCCUACGCUGACUUCUACCUGUUCUCAGAGCUGCUGGGGGAUUACGUGCGUCUGAUCACUGCCGUCAGGGGUGUGUUUGACCAGCGCAUGAAGACCUGGGCUAAAUGGCAGGACGCACAGGUGAUGCUGCAGAGGAAAAGAGAAGCUGAAGCCAAACUGCAGUACGCAAACAAACCCGACAAACUGCAGCAGGCCAAAGACGAGAUCAAGGAGUGGGAGGGUAAAGUCCAGCAGGGUGAGAGAGAUUUUGAGCAGAUCUCCAAAAACAUCCGUCGAGAGGUGGGCCGGUUCGAGAAAGACCGAGUGAAGGAUUUCAGAAUCGUCGUCGUCAAAUAUCUGGAGUCUCUCGUUCACACACAACAGCAGCUCAUCAAAUACUGGGAGGCGUUCUUACCUGAAGCCAAAGCGAUCGCGUAAUCUGCGGGAUGUGUUUCUGGAAUAAUCCCCCACACAGACUCUGAUGAUUAACCCUAAUGAUAGCACUACAGUAAUAAACACACGAUCUGCAUAAUUCUCUCCAUCAGUAUUUAUCACUCCAUCAUGCGCUCCGGACUCUUCUGCGUAUAUAUAAAUAUGUAUAUUUUAUUAUUUUGCUUUGUAGCCUGAAAUUUUUGGGGAAUGUUUCCGUUGAUUCAUUGUUCUAACAGAUUUUUUAAUCACAAGUAUUUUUUACUCUGCAACAGUAUCUGAAUAUUAAUAAAGGAAUGAGCUGUAUCAGAAGCUUCA